AUGCCAGGGGCUUCGCAAUCAUACUCUUCAACUUCUUCCUCGACCACUUUCACCUCUCAUUCCUCUACAAGAACAUCAAGAUCAGCAUCAACCCCAGCAGCAAUAACAGACUGUCCCACCAGUAACGGCACAACAUACACACCCGGUAACCCUUCCAGCGGAAACAGCAUAUACCAAUUCACAAAAAAAGCGGCGGAUACGACAACGGACGGCACAAACCUAGAACAAGCCUCCCUUUCCACAUUCAAUGGUUCCGAGUCGCGAGUUGGUAUUCAGUGUACCAGUGUGGUUCAUCUUAUGGAUACAUCGUGCUAUGCGAAGAAUGGAACGAAGACGGUCAAGUCUAUGUAUAAUGAUGUGGUUGUUGCUAUGUUGACAGGUUAG